AUGCGUCCCGCUGCUGACGUCCUGAACGAGUUCUACGACCUCGUAGAGCUCAACGCUAAUAAACGAUUUAAUGCAGUUGGUCGUCUCUUAUUGAAAGCUAAAUCUGACUCGUCAAUCGUAGACUACUGCAUUGAACGGCUAGUAACAGGGUUGAGUUCUCCAAGAGGAGCUGCGCGAUUUGGGUACUCAGCUGCUCUUGUUCUUCUUUUCUCGGAAUUCCACGAGUUAUGGCCAGUAGAGAAGCUGUUUGAGCUAGCUGACAAAAAACUGGAUCUUCACGACAAGGAAAGUGGAAGUGCGAAUGCCAUUGGCCGCCAUCUCCUCGCUUCUGCAGUUUUCCAGUCGAAGGCUUAUACAGAGGUUGAAGCAGUUUUAAUCGAGAGGGAGCUCGAGGUUUACCGAGCAUGUCCCACGUUGGGAAUGUCAAUUGUACAACUUGUAGCUGAAAUCGCCGUUGAGAUGGAGAAAAAGAGAUUCAAAUCGGUGCUGGCAGUCUUUUCGCCGUGCUUGCUCAAGAGAAUCGUACAAAUAGCUCGUGGAAAGCAGACCCCUCAGCAACGGAUUUUACGUGGGAAG